AACCCAGCGUCAGUAGUCCAUGACGGGGAGGAAAUUGAGCAGCAGCAGCAGCAGCCUGGGUGAUGCUGGAAAGACGCAGCGCUGCGUCGGCUGUGACUGACCCCGCUGCAGCUCUGACCUCUGCACCUGAGAAAGUGUGCAGUGCAGACAGUACCGAGAGGAAGCAGAAGGAUAAUGAGAGCAGCUGGAGCGUUAAUUCCACGAACCUGCAAGUCACUGUCAGACAUAGGUUUGCUCGUCUGAGGAUCCUGCUGAAGAGCAUAAUAAAUGUGUCUGACCGGAACUCUACUCCACAGUGUCCUGGUGGUUCUCUUGUUGGCCAACUCAUCUGGUAAAAGUAAAUGUAACUACAAAGACAUACUGGGCUUCUACAGAGAAGUCAUCUUCGUUGAGCUGCAGAAUCUGAAUUUGACUGUUUCUCACAACUCAUCCAAAGGGAGAGAUCCCUGCCCCUCUGCAAAGGCACAUCGCAUCCUUGUGUCCAUAUACAUUAACACACAGCAGGUCCUCUGUUUGAAGAGCGGCAAGAAGCUGUCUGACCUGAAAAAGCCAAUAGAAAACAUGGAGCAGCUCAUCGUUCAAAACUGCAGUCCUAAUUAUAUGGGAAAGAAAAACCCCUGUUCAUCUGCCCAAAAAAUACAAGGGAGAAAAGGCAAGAGAUUUAGGGUGAUCAAAACCAUAAAGGCAUUGAUUAGAUGUUGGGAAAAACUCAAAAGUGUCGUACCCUCUGAUAAAUAGUAUGACUUUGGUCCCUAGGACCCGUGCUACUCUAUGCACUCAAAUUUCCAGAUGGUUCUUCCAAUCUGGUCAAGAUAGACUUUGUAAAAAAAAAAACGGCUUCCUCUUUUAUUGGAAUGCUCAAGUUGUUUUAUUCCUCCUUUUUUUAACAGUUGUCGAGAUCUCCGAGUUUUGUGAUUAAAAAAACGCCAUCCACUGCAUGUCAGCAUUCCUCUUUGCAAUAUGAAUUGUUUCCUAAUAAGCCAAGAUAAGCUAAAAAGUAUUCACUCACCAUUCAGAUGUUCUCCAGUAAAAUAUGCACAUUUUCAUUCUUUGUAGCAUGUUUUUUUUGAAUGACAUAUUGACAUUAUACAUAUUUCCUGUCUUUUUUACUGUAAUUUCAUUUAAUAAAAUACUGAAUAUUUAUUAAUACUUUUAUUAGAGAGGAAAUUGUUGGUUUUGUUGUUUUUUAUAAAAGGAAAUCUUAAAGAGUGGAACUGUUCUUAAAAAGAAUGUUUCCGACGGAACAAAUAAGGUGUUACGCAGCGUCCGCCAGUGUUUACAGCCGAGAGUCCGCGAAGCGAAUUCGCCACGAAUCUGAACAUUAUCGUAAAGUAGCUUUUGUUCUUUGCAUGUUAGUAAAAAAAAAAGUGCGAAGGGCAGUUCUUAGUCAGAAUUAUACUCUUUUCAUUGUUUGUUUUCGUAACAUUUACAGCGACGCAGAAAUGCGUUUUUGUUCCUUAACAACACUCCCCUGAAGCAGCUUCUUCACUAGUCUGUGACUGUCUGUGGGACGUUCUGGGUAAUCCUUUCCAAUAUUCAGGACACUUGUAUUUUAUUUUAGGAGGUUAUUUGUGACACAAAUUGAGUUGCGUCUGAUUAAAAGCUAACAUGGCUAGCAACUCUGUCGACAUGGAUCCUGAUGUUGCUCGGAGGCUGUUUGAGGAAGGAGCCACGCUGGUGCUGCUCGGUGUUCCUCGUGGCACAGAGCUUGGGAUAGAUUGCAAAAGUUGGCAGGUUGGUCCUCGCUUCCGGGGAGUUAAGAUGAUCCCCCCAGGUCUUCAUUUUCUCCAUUACUGCUCUGUUAGCUCCAUUAAUAGUGGAGGAGAGGUGGGCCCCAAAACAGGCGUCUUCCUCACCCUUAAACCCAGAGAAAUCCUCCUCGCCAACUGGGAUCCCACUGCAGAAGACCUGGACUUUUCAGCCUCCAAGAAUGAAGAGGAGUUGACUCGGAUCCGGGAAACUCUGCAGGAGCUGGAUCCUUACUUGGGGCCUUACCCGUAUGAGGUGAUGAGGAAGUGGGUGUCCCUCACAGACCGGAUCAGUGAGGAGCUGGCUAAGAACCUGCAGCCUCUCUCAGGGCGAGUGUGCGCCUUCUGUGAUGUUAUUCCUGAGCUGCAGCUUAGACACACCAAAGACAGGGCAGAGCAGCCGAGAAACGACACCGCCUGUCAGAGCAUGAAAGAGGGACUGGACAGACUCCCCAAGAUGAAGCAGAGGGAAGGGACAGAGCUGCGCUUCUCCACGAUACCCCAGAAGACCUACCCUCCUGGAGCAACUCCAGCCGAGAUCACCAAAUGCAGCAUGGACCUGAGCUAUGCUCUGGAGGCGGUGCUGGAGAAGAACUACAAGGUGGAACCUCUCAACCUGCUCGGUGAGCUGCAGUUUGCGUUUGUCUGUUUCUUGCUUGGAAACGUCUACGAAGGCUUCGAGCACUGGAAGCAGAUCUUGGCUCUCCUGUGUCGCGCUGAGGAGGCCAUGAAGAAGCACAAAGAACUGUACGUGGGGCUCAUCACUGUGCUCUACCACCAGCUCGGAGAAAUCCCACCAGACUUCUUUGUUGACAUUGUGUCACAGAAUAACUUCCUGACCUCUACUCUGCAGGACUUUUUUCAGUUUGCCUCUGGGCCCGGCAUGGAUGCCACACUACGGAAGAGAGCGGAGAAGUUCAAAGCCCACCUGACCAAGAAGUUCCGCUGGGAUUUUGAUGCUGACCUGGAUGACUGUGCUCCUGUGGUGGUGGAACUGCCUGAAGGGGUCACAGUGGACUGAAAAUCCUCUCAGUGGAUCAUAGCAUUUGUUAUUUCAUAUGUUUGCUUUUAUCUCAUCUUUAAUUGUAAACACAAAAUCUCAUUUGAAUAAAUUUUUUUUUAUUUUGAAAUAAUUUUGUAACUGUUUUUGAUAUUCAAAUACAUGUUCAGAAAUGUA